CCAUUAUCUGUAUUUGCGGAUGGAAAUCACGGUUACAAAAGUCAGCUACGAAAAACAGGAUUUCAUUUUUUACGAGUAUAGAUACGCACGUGCCAUUUCAUAAGUCUUAGUGUUAGUCUUAUAAUGGAAUUUUAUGGGCAACAUAAGACAUACUUGGAAAAUGCAUCGGGAUAGCCACUUCAUAGCGUUUGAUCAAAGUUAUUCGAGAAAAUGAACGUGAAGUGAGACGUUGCACCUGACGAGUGAAUCGACUAUCUGCAUCAACAUAUUGAGUUUAUACCCACGCUAGACGAACGACCAACCCUUUCCUGUGAUGAAAUGCGACACCUCUUUUAUCUGUUGAAACAUGGCGAUAAUUAAUUGAUUAAGUCACGUAUGUAUUAUUUUUACUGUGUGUGUAAAAACACGGUAUAGCUGUUUCAUGUCAGAAUAUAAAAGAAAAUCGAAAUACUCUGAAAUUUCUUAGAUCUUUAAGACUAUUUAUUUUAAUUUUCAUAGUAUGUUAUGCUACAGUAUUCUAAAAUAAGUGCAAUUUUAUAUUAUUGGACUAUCCAUGCAUAUUGAGUUUUAUUAUGCGUAUUAUCGUAUUAAUUUUCAUUUGGUAGCAUUCAAAAAAGUAUACGAAACUGAAAUGAAUAAUGUGUGCGUGUGUGUGAUGAGCAAUUACUUAAACUAAUCUAAUUAAACUAAUUAAAAUAUCACUUAAAAUACAUAUUGCAUAUCACCAUAUUGCAUGCAUACGAAACAGUUACAUGCUUUAGUUGGUCCUUUUUGCAUUUUGUAACGAGUAUGAUGCACAUUAUAUAUCGUGGAUAUUUAAUUAACAAUUCUCUAAGCGCUCAAUUUAAUCAAUUCUGAGCAGAAUGCAAAUUAACAUUUAACAAUCAUGGUUAAUAAACUCUCAUAAAAACUUGAUAAAAAAUUGACAUUUUUUUCAAUAAAGACUUUUUACAUAAAAGGUGAUUUUUAAUAUAUUUUUUUAAAUAUAUUUACUUCCACGAAAUAAUCGAUUCAACUAUUCAUCAGAAGUUUCGCAACGGAGAACUAUCUAUCAGGAGUUUCCCUAAACGUGGAGAAUUCCUUAAACGAGGAAGACAUGAUGUUGAAAACAAAACGGUUACUCACUGCGAGUUCUAACAGAAGCAGCGCAACUUGCCAGAAAUUGUUACCAUUUCUAAUGCGUCAAAGAAAAGACAAGACGAAGAGGAUGGAGACCGAAUUUUCGGAAUCGUGUCCUCCUGGUCCGCCGAGGGUGCGACCUUUUCUUCACAACAAUUUAUUGAACGAAAAUUCUCGAAUCUCUGUAUCCGUAAACAGUAAUGAUCCAGAGAGCUUCCAAUGUGCAAUAGGGCCCAUUUUAGGAUUUGCCCAAUUAUUCGGAGUCUUGCCGGUCUCAGGAGUACGCGCGCCGACCCCGUUGAAGCUAAAGUUUGCGAUAUUUUCAUUACGUACUGUCUACGCUGUUUCCAUAACUGUGAUGGUACUCGUUAUGGCAAUAUUGGCGAUUAUGCACAUGAUAAGGACGCUAAACUCUACAAUUUUCGGAAUGCAAGGAGGAAUAGCAGCUGCAACGGCAGGCGCGGUAUUUUACGGGGACAGCGUAAUAGCCUUAAUCGUUUUUCUCUGGCUGUCACCGCGUUGGGUAACUCUUCAACGUGAUUGGAGAGCUAUGGAGCAAUUUAUAGACAGUAAUAAAUUGGAACGACCGAAACUUCGUUGGAGAUUCUAUUUGAUAACUGCUUCUAUUCUACUCUUGGCCCUUUUUGAACAUAUCUUGAGUAUAGCAAUAAACACGAAGGAUUAUGAUUGGAGUGGCAAUACGAAAAAUACGACAUUUCAGCAUUUUCUGCAAAUAUAUUGCAUGUCUUCUCACGCGUUCAUCCUGGAAACAUUGAGUUAUAACUUUGCGCUUGGAAUUUAUAUUUUUAUCAUCAGUAAACUGGCAACUUUCACAUGGAACUUUAUGGACGUUUUCAUUAUGUUGGUGGCUACCGGCUUAGCCGAAAGAUACAAAAUAUUGAACAAGCAAGUAAUAACUUCGAAGCAUAGAACAAUGGAUUGGGGUGGAAUUCGCGAAGAUUAUGCUGCUCUUAGUUGCAUGGUGAAGAAGGUCGACAACGAUAUCGCACCCAUAAUCCUCCUGUCAUUUGCGAACAAUCUUUAUUUUAUCUGUUUGCAACUACUCAAUGGAUUGUCUCAGCCAGCCGGCAGCACCAUCGUCGACGAUAUUUAUUUCUUUGGAUCUUUCAUAUUCUUAAUCGGUAGGACGGUAAUCGUCACUCUGCUCACUGCUAGGAUCAACGAUCAAAGCAAAAUGGCAUUACCAACUUUGUAUACUUGUUCAGCUUCUACCUAUAAUACAGAGACAGAAAGGCUGAUAUAUCAACUCACUACUGACGACAUCUCGUUUACGGGAAUGCGCUUCUUUUCUAUUACGCGGAAUUUCAUGUUAGCGGUAGCUGGUGCGAUUGUAACAUACGAAGUCGUGCUGCUACAAUUCAAUGUCUCGAUGAAUACAUGAAUACGUAACCAUGUAACAUCUCAUUGAAACAAAAUGUUAUGACUUACAUGACUUACAAUAUAAGAUAAUAUAAGAUAAUAUAUAUAUAACUAUUUGUAUUCAUUGAAAAUAUAUAAAAUUGACUAAACAUGUUAACUAAAAUAUAUUUUAGUAUUACAUGAAGCCUUGUUAUAAAAAAUUUUUUAUAAUCUACAUGUAAUUUAUUAUAGCAUUUCUCUGAAAUUAUAUCUAUUUUUCAGAAAUAUAUUUUGUAAGAGAAUAUGAAUGCAAGAAAUGUGUGUAAAUUGUCAUUUAUCAUACAUAAUAACAGUAAGAUUAUUAAUAAUAAUAACUUAUUAUAUCGUAAGAAAUUUGUUGCUUUAGUUACAUAUUAUUUUAAUAGGUUUUGCGCAAUA